UUUCACCAGCGGCAAUUAAAACGCAUCCAGAUUUCAUUACAUUUGCCUAUAAUCAACUGCUUAACUAUUUGUUGCGAUAUUGUUGUAUAUCAUUUAUAAAGUGAAAACCUUAUUAAUUUCAUAUAUAUAAGUAGAAAACUGUUUUUACGUAUUGCCGCUGUAAUUGAAGUUUCUUUUUAGAAUACAAUCGCUUCAAGCUUUUAAAAUAUUAAACAAAAUGUCUACCGAGGAACAAACUAGUGUUGUAGAAACUAAUGAAGUGGAGGUCUCCAAAUCAAUUGAAACACCCAUCGUUGAUCCCAAGGAUGUGGAAAUCGCUAAGGCUAGUCAAAUUACUGCCGAAGCAAGCUCUACCGAUGACAAAGUUGGCGACGUUGUCAUUGAACAGGAGCGUGCGAUGAAAGAGCUCGACGCCAAAGAGUUGUACUGCAACGGUUCACGCAAUUUUCUGGUGAAAAACUAUAGCGAAGCAGCAGAUCAAUUGAGUCAGGUCUGUGCGAUUUAUGAAGAAUUGUAUGGCGAGCUGUCGGAUGAGUUGGGCAUGCCAUAUUUACUAUAUGCAAAAUCAUUGAUUGCCUUAGCUUUGGAUGAGAACAAAGUCAUUGAUGUGCCUGACGAAGAGGAGCUGGAAGACGACGCCGACGACGACGAUGAGGACGAAGCUGCUGAUGUUGAAGGCGAGAAUGCGCCUACCAAUAGCAGCAGCACCAAUGGCUCAGCCGCCGUCAAUACCUGCUCAAAUGGCUCAGCAACGAAUGUUAAAUUAGAUGCAAUCAAGGAGAAAAGUGAUACUGAGGGCGAUGAAAAGGAAGUGAGCAAAAAGAGUGAUGAGACUGAAGCUGAAUCGACAACAAAAACUGCUGUAGAAAAGAAUGAAACUGCUGCUGUCAUAUCAUCGACUGUUUUGGAUGACGAGAAACCGAGCACCUCAAAUGGCGAUGCGGCUACUGGCGAAGAUGGUGAAGAGGAAGAGAACGAUGCGGCUUCAAACCUUCAGUUGGCCUGGGAAAUCCUUGAGUUAGCUGAUAAAAUAUUCCUGCGGCAAGGCUCUGAAGGUGUAUCAAACUUGGCUGAAGUACGAACGGAAUUAGCAAAUAUUGAAUUUGAGAAUAACCUGCCGGAGGCGGCACGUGAGGAUUACGUAAAAGCACUCAAAAUUUAUGUCGAAUUGCCUUCAAAAUACCGUCGGGCAAUGGCAGAAAUACAUUAUAAAAUAGGUCUAACAUAUUUGAUGCAGCAAUUGAAUAAGGAGGGCGCUGAAUCAUUAAAGGAAGCUUGUAAAUUGAUCGACGAUGAAAUAAAAGAGCUGGAGGCAAGUGAAGAAGAACUCAGUGAGAAACAGAAGAGUAAAAUUCAGGAUAUGGAGGAGACAAAACAGGAGAUAUGGGCAAAAAUCGCCGAAAUAGAAGAUACACAAGCGCAGAACAUUGCUGAAGUACGAGCAGCGCUCGACAGUUAUAUAAAACCCAUUCGUUCAACGGAGGAGAAUAAUGAGGCUGCAGGUUCAUCUGCGUCAUCGGGCGCUGGUGCAUCUUCCUCUAGUUCAGCAAAACCAACAGAUAUUUCACAUCUCAUCAAGCGCAAGAAGCCAGCUGAUAACGGUGCGGACGCCGAGAUGUCUGCGUCACCAGCUAAACGGCCUGCACUUUAAUUUCUUUGCUAGCUUUUACAACAUACUUCAUUUACUUAAAUGACUAUUAAUUUUCUAGAGGCGCUUUUUUUUAUAAAUUGAAGACAUGAAGCGCACACAAAUCUUAAAAUAGUAUAAGACAUAAAGUAGGUUUUUCGUAUAAAGUGUGGGUGCCCUAAGAAAAUUUUAUUUUAUUAAAAUUUUUAAAUUUCUUUUGAAUUUUUCUGAAUAUGGAAUCGUAUUAUAUUUUCUGGUUUCCGACGCAAACAUUUCAAUGUAUAUUUGAGUAGCCAAAUUGCAUGAAAUCAAUCCUAAUGGAAUAUUUAAUCAUUGUACUGCAAUUGUUAUUUGCUUUGUAUGUUUUGUAAUAUCCUUUCGUGCAGUGUCAUGUUUUUGCCUGUUUCCAGUCACAAUUUGAAUUAUUAUUUUUAUUACUUAUUUAGCUUGCAACCCAUGUUCAUGAAUUUUGACUUUAUUUUCUCCGCAAAAGCAUUUAGUAGACCUAAGCGGCGUAUGCUUAUAGAUUACAUUUUUAUAUAAUAAGUACAUACUAUUGCUAUUAAUGUUUAUCAUGCUAAUAUUUCCAUUGAUUAUUUUCUCUUAACUUUUCGUUUUAAAUUAUUUCUACCAUCUCGUAUUCCGGGUGAAUAAAAAACAAAAUACGUAGGUUUAAGUUGAAAAAUUAUAAAUAUAUAAAUUAAAACGAAAAAUCUUCAAAGAGUUCUUUAAUACAUAAACAGAUGCAAGGAGAAGCAUCGUCGAAUAAAAUACUUUAGAAUGGUCAAACUUCAGUGUAUAUCAAGUUACUAAAACUUGGUAUCAUAUGUAUCCUAUAGUAAAUAAUCAUGAUAUGUCCCUUCUCUUUGUCUUUCAUACGAACCAGCUAUGCGAAAAAGAACGGCUACAUAUGCAUUGGAUGGUUAUUGCAAAAUAUCUACGCAAUCAAUUAAUACAGAUUAGUCAACUAAUGAGUAUGCAACGCUUAAAAAUUGUGUGCACUUUUGCGUAGUUAAAUUGUUGCCUAGAAGAUACUCGAUAGUACAUAUGAUAGUUGAACUCUAGUUGUAGAGAUGAAGAAACAAUUUUUAUUGUACACGGCAUAAAGUUGUAGUAGUUUAGUGAAAGUACGCAUUUUAUACGUGUGUAUUUUGUGUAUUUGUGGCCAAUUAUAAUAAAAUUUUUGUUACUGGAA